ACAAACAGAACAAGUCAACUCCUCGGUGUUCUUAAAACAAAUAGCAAAAAUGGGUGGAUGUUAAGAGUUUUCAACUCAGCAGCAAGUAGCCCCUCAAAAAUUAAAAAUCAGAGCAGUGGUUCUCAAACUCAGCUGCACGUUACAAUCUCUGGGGGAGCUUUAAAGAAAUCUCAAUGUCCAAGUCAUUCCCCAAACCAGUUAUGCUGACAUUCCGGUGGGUGGACAUCAGGCAUCAGUAUUAUUUAAAAGUCCCCCCAGGUUAUUCCAAGUUUGAGAACCACUAAUGUAGAGUGUGCAUGUACACAAGUGCUCCUCGACCCUAACUGGACACCAGAAUCACCAGAGAAACUUAGACACUAUUGUCCGCUCCAGUAAGCCAAAGACCUUGAUUUUCUUUUUUUAAUGAAAAAACAUUGAUUUCUUUUUUUCUAAGCUCUCACGUGAUUCUUAUAUGUUAGCCGGGGCUAGGAAUGACUAGGUCACACUAUAAAGGUACACACUUAGCUCUACUUAAGUUAAGCCACCACCACAGACCCAGAACAUCCCCCAGCGGAACGACUCCUAUGCCAGUGAAAAACGGCACCCAUGUUGGAGGAGGGGAGGAUUCCACUGAAAUCUAAAAAAUAUUUAGGUUAGAAGUUGGGUUUUCUUACUUUAAAUGUAACAAUUUUAAUUUUUUAUUUCAAUGUAUAAAUUCCUGUUUUACCUUUGUUAGUUUUUUGAUCUAUAGCUGAAUGGAAAGAGAAAAUACGAAGAAUCUUAUGAGUAAGAUGAUAAUUUGGAUAUUUCCUGUGAUUAAGGAAAGCCCUGAAAACUGUGCUUAUAUUUGGCACUAUAUGAUAUGGGAACAAAAUUUGAAAAAGUUUGGCUCUGAUAUAAAAAUGAAUCGUGUUCAUGGAUACGAGUCUCAACAAUUCUAGAAUAGUUCUAGAACUGAACUGAUGGAAUCCUAAAGAGACUAACACUGAGCAAUUCCGUAACAAGUUUCCCCUGACCUCUUUAAGUCCUCACUCUUAAGUUUUUCUCAUGGGAAACAUAACCAAGAGGGGCAGCAGGGAGCCGGUCACUGGCGGUGCCAAGUCACCGGAAGAAGGCCCACCUGCAGCACUCCACACUCAAGUCUACGAAGCCGUAAUGAGAGAAGACUGCACUGCGAUCCAGGCACUGCUAAGAAGCCACCCCGUCAAUCAGCCCAUAACCGUGCUGGGCAACUCCACCAGCUACCGGUUACUUGGGAACGAGCAGAUGCAGUCCGUCAUCCCCAUUCAUCUGGCUGCCGAAUACCGCAAGGCACAAAGUUUGCGCUGUUUGCUAGAACAUGGCGCGGACCCAGACAUAAGGGACACGAGAGGCCUCACCGCACUUCACCUGAUGCUACUGCACUGGCCGGUCACUUCUAGCAUGUCAACAAAACCGGGGAACAGAAUCCAAAGGCUGCUGACAGACAUUCAGCGUAACGCCGUGACAUGUCUCCGCGUUGUGUGUGAGCACGGAGCUCAAGUGAACGCUUGCGUGGACAACAGCAACAAGCUUUCACCCCUCCACCUGGCCGUAACAUACGGGACCUACCCAGUUCUCACCAUCUUAGCCCAAAGCGGUGCCCAUGUCAACGCCAUUAAUGAAUCCAGUAUGACACCCCUUCACAUGGCUGCAGAUAUACUGAAUAAGGAGAUGAUGGAGACGCUCAUUGCCUGCGGAGCAAACGUCAACUGCGCCGUCUCGUCCACAGGGAACACGGCUCUAAAGCUGGCGGUGUGCACCGCAUCCAGCAAAGCCGGCCGCCUGCUGGCAGCGGGGAUCAGCUGCAUCCGUGUGCUGCUGACUCACGGCGCCCACGUGAAUGCCCAGGACCAUGAAGGCCUCACAGCCAUCCACGAGGCAUGUUUCGGAGGCAGAGAGGCAAUAAUCCACCUCUUGCUGGAAUUUGAAGCAAACGUUAAUAUCUUAACGAAAAAUGGCGAGUCUCCGAUCUACAUGUACCUACAGCGCAGCUCCAACAUCAGACACACCGCGCUUCUUGCCAAGCUGCUUUACCACUCCUACCCUUUGCGACUGACCAAUAACCAAGGAUUUCUACCUGCAGGAAUCAUGCUACCGGAAUUCCAGCUCUUAAGGGAAACCCUAAUAAAGUUAUCUCAAAAACCCUUAUCCCUAGAGGACAUCUGUAAAAGAAAUAUCAGAAAUAUUUAUGGUGAGAGAUACAAACAACACGUGAAACACCUUCUCCCGGGGAAGAUGUGGAGUUCUGUAUAUGGAUAUUAUGACUUAGCUUGCCUCUUGAAAUAAGACCGCAAAGUUUCACAGUGCCAAAGAAUUCCAGUAUCGCCAAUUACAUUUUCUGGCUACACACAUAUCCAAAAAUACUCAACCCAUUGCCUUCUAAACCUCAAACGUACAAACCACUGGUCCUUAAACCUUUCUCAAAAAAUAAAAUGAUCUGCAUAUUCACUUGUUCCUAAAUAUUCUUUGAAAUGCAUCUUCCAUGAUUUAAUUUUGUCCCCAAAAUUAAGCAAAUUCAUUUAAAACUCUUAGUAAAAGAAGUAAAUAUAUUUUCUCUUUCUUGAUGGCCUUUUGUGGAUAAAAACUGGAAUAGUCAUUACAGAUUUUUCAAACAGCAGAAAAACUUGUCCCAUGUUAAAUUUCCUUUAAGAUGGAUAAUUACAGAAACAAGUUUGCCCUCAAGGCUGAAACAACAGAUGAGUACUUCUGUCAGUAUUACAUAAUUUGGCACCAUCAACUACAGUAGUAGUACCCAGUCAGAGCACACUUACUACCUGAAAAACAGUGAGAAUUUCUAACGUCCAAAGAUUACUGUUUUUAAAUUCAUUCUGAAGUUUUCAUGUUCUGGAUCUAUAAAACAAUGAUUUCAAUAUGAAGGUAAUGAUAUCGUUCCAAGUAGAUGAACUAAGAUACACAAUCCCAUUUAAUUUAAAGAACCAACACCAAGUCACCCCUGAUAAGUUUCCAUUAUUUUA